CUGACUGACUCGGGGCUUUGCGGCGAUGUUGUAUUGUGUUGUGUUGCAUCGGACUUUGAAGAUCUGUUCUGAAUAUCUGGAGAAUCGAAUCCCCUCACACUCGUCGUCGUAGCAGUCUUAGUGUGAGUUAUUUUUUUGCAGAGAUCGUUGCAAUUUCAGUGCUUUCUCUCUAUAUUUGGUUCUCGUAAGCCCUCGCGAUGGAGGCGGUAGAUACUGUUGUGAGGCCUGUGAAGGACUUCGCCAAGGACAGUGUGCGGUUGGUGAAGAGAUGCCACAAGCCAGAUCGGAAAGAAUUCUCGAAGGUUGCCAUAAGGACCGGGCUAGGGUUUAUAGUAAUGGGAUUCAUCGGCUUCUUUGUAAAGCUCAUCUUCAUCCCCAUCAACAACAUUAUUGUUGGAGCCGUGUAGUGUGAUGCUGGACAAAUAUAAGCAUGUUUAGAGGCUCGACACAAGCUGAACGAUUGGUGGGAUUUGCAAGCUUAGAGGGUGAAGGCAAUAGAAGUUUUUAUUGAAUCAGGCCUUAGGAAAACUUUAACAGACUCUAUUUGUACUGAAUCAGACACACUUUGGCUGCGAAAGUCUUAUUCACAUUUGCUCUAAACCAAACCAUGGAAUCAAGAUUUUACCGCUA